UGCUCACCGGAAGUAAUAACUCAACUGUCCAAACCAAAAUGUCUGCCCCCGGUGAAGACGACGCGUUUGCCGAGGAUCAAGCCGCGAUGGAGGAGAUGGGAGAUGCUGUUAGCGACGAUGAUGAGGGGGUCGAGAUGGAGGACGGGGAUGCGGAGGAAGGGGCCGAGGAUAAGAAGGUUUACGUGCCCGGAAUGGAGCCGCUUGCGCCGGGGGAAGAGCUGGAGAUGGACCGCUCAGCUUACCGCAUGUACCACGAGUGUCAAACGGGGGCUCCAUGUCUGAGUUUUGAUGUGCUUCGAGAUAACGAUGGAGAUGGGAGAGAGCAGUAUCCUCUGUCUAUGCUUCUCUGCGCAGGGACACAAGCAGAUUCAGCCAUUGCCAACAGGUUGCUGGUCAUGAGAAUGCACAAUCUUCACGGCACAGAAAAAGACUCGGGUGAAGAGGAAAGUAGUGAUGAAGACAGUGAUGAAGAUGAGGAAGAAGAGCAGAAGAAGCCACAUAUGGAGCUGGCCAUGUUACCGCACUAUGGUGGCAUCAACAGAAUCAGGGUGACUCGUUGUGGAGAUGUUUCAUUGGCCGCUUGUUGGUCAGAAAAGGGACAGGUGGGAAUAUUUGACCUUCAAUCCCAGCUGGAGGCUGUGCAUAAUUCUGCAGCAAUGACAACGUUUUUGAAGCAGCAGAAAGAGGCCAAAGCUCUGUUCAGUUUUUCUGGACACAUGACUGAAGGCUUUGCUAUUGACUGGUCUCCAACAGUGCCUGGGCGCCUUGUGAGUGGAGACUGCAAAAAGAACAUCCACGUUUGGGAGCCACAGGAAGGAGGCGGGUCCUGGAAGAUCGACCAGCGUCCGUUCAGCUCACACAGCAAGUCCGUGGAGGAUCUGCAGUGGUCCCCCACAGAAGCCACGGUUUUCGCGUCUUGUUCUGUGGACCAGUCGAUUCGUGUCUGGGAUAUUCGUGCUCCUCCAAACUCGAUGCUCUCGGCCAAUGAAGCGCACUCGUCAGACAUUAAUGUAAUCAGCUGGAACAGGAGUGAACCCUUUCUCUUGUCUGGAGGAGACGAUGGGCUCCUCAAAGUCUGGGACCUGCGACAAUUUAAGACUGGACGUCCUGUGGCCAACUUUAAACAGCACAGCGCCCCCAUCACUUCAGUAGAGUGGAGCCCUAUAGACUCCAGUGUUUUCGCCGCCGCCGGAGCUGAUGACGUCGUCAGCCAAUGGGAUCUGUCCGUGGAGUCAUGUGACGUAGGAGCCCAAGUGGACGGGGUGAAGGGCCUCCCGCCUCAGCUCCUAUUCCUGCACCAGGGUCAGAAAGAGAUUAAGGAAGUCCACUGGCACCCACAACUACCAGGUGUUCUGAUUUCCACAGCGCUGUCGGGCUUCAACGUGUUCCGGACAAUAUCUGUGUAGAGAAGAGCGCUUGAGUAUAUAACCACUGUACUCAUGAACGGACAAAACUGAAUGUAUCAAUAUUUUUUGGUUCAUUCUCUUGGCAAUAAGCAAUCAACAUCUUUCCAAUAUAUUAAAUUGUCAUAUUAUUUGAAUUUCCCUAUUUGUGUGUGACAACAACAAUGGUAACAUGGACUCAACAUGUUCAAGACAGUUUAAGUAUACAAACUGAGAAGUAUUAACUACAAUAGUAUUUUUGAAUUAUGCCAAGAAUGGCUGUAUCCUCAAAUCCUACAGAAAUGUCAAUGUAUGUCUGCAUUGUUCAUGUUUUCUUCUAGUGCUCUUAGAAGGAAGCAAAAAGGUGUUUAAACAUCACCUUGUAUGAUUGCUUUAUAAGUCAUCUACUUAAACAGGUUUGUAAUUGUUUUCUGAGAUCGGUGACUCAUACACUUAGUAUUGAAAAUUUACAUAACUAAAGAUGUGGCUAUUUAAUCUUGUAGAGUAGACAUCAAAAUGCUACUAAGACAUGCUGAUGACAUUUCUUCUGUUCUUCAACAAGGUUUGUGUUGCCAUUUCAGUUUAAAGGGCCCAUAUUAUGCUGUUUUCUGAUCUUAUAAUUUUUCUUCAUCACAAAACGCACCUGGAGGUUUGUUUUGUUUUAAUCACAAAUCCUGUAUAUUUAGGCUGUGCUCUUCUCUCAAACUGUUCCACCUUGUGAUGUUAGGCUCCAUUGUAUUUUUAAACUCCAUACACCUUCACAAUAAUCAUUUAUCAUUUCACACCUAGAAUUUUCCAUUUCUACUGAAGAAAAGGUGAAAGAUAGCUGUUAAAAUCCAUCUUGUGUGUGAAAGAAACAAAACACAACUUCAGGUAUGUUUUUGAGCAGGUGACGACAUUCUAACAAGGUUUAAAGUUCUCAAGAGUCAAUUUUGCAUAAUAUAGGACCUUUUAUGGAGUUUUAUACCCAUAAUAUGCCCUGCACAGGUAACAUAAUGCAAAAAAAUAAACCCUACUUUGUAAAUCCACAUUUUGUUUAAUUGAAGUCAUUUUAAUAACUUGUCAAAAUGCAUGUUAACAGUUUAUCUGUCAGGGGAUGGCUGCUGUGUGGAGUUGAAAGGAUUAGGCCUGUAAGGGAAAUUUUCACUCACAACACAAAGAUUUUACACGUAUAAUAAAGAUUUAUUUCCAAAACAAGACAAAAUGAACAGCAUGUCUAUAUCCAAAUAAAAUGUUAUUCAUUUAACAUUGCCAGAUAAAUACAGUUUCAACAUCUGUUUGCAAAAUAUGAAACAUUGAUAAAGACAGAAAUCAUUCUUGUUUCUAUCAAUAGAUGCUCUUAGGUUUGCUUUAUAGCUCUGAAGAAGAACCAGGUAAUUGACACUAGUAAAACUUUGGGUGCGUUCACACUUGUGCUGCUUUGGGCUCAGUUUGAGUCUUAAUGUGGAUUUUGUUUGGUCCUGGUUUAGUCCAGGUUUAGUGUCUUUCUUGUUUUGAUUGUGCAAGUAUGAACGCACCCU